CAAUUGUAUCAAAAUUUUGGUCUGGGCCGUGCAGGACUACUGGGCCAACCUCGGCCCACAUGAAAGCCCUCUUAAACUCCGCCGGCUAGUUAGUCGCGCGACUUCUCUUCCUUGCUUUACUUCUCACUUCUCAGUUCUCCACCGGCCACCGGCCGUUAACACAAAAGCCAUCAACGAUACAGAAUUCCCUGUUGCAAGAAAACAGCAAUCUUUCAUAUUCAGCGAAGCGCGAUAACCCAUAUGUUUCGCCCCAAUGGGUUCAAGCGAUUUCCCGUCAAGCAUUUACCUUUCUUCAUAUUCACCCAUUCCAUCCACAUCCACCAAUCAGCUCGCCGGAAGCCGAUCAAACGCUUCACCAGAGCUUCCAAACGGCCGCCGAAGUCGUCAACGAGAAAGGAAUUAGGAGGAACCAACUCCUAUAUGCGAAGCAUCGUCACCAACAUAUACGGAAUCCUGAAGUAUUCAGAUUGGGAGGCCGCGCAAGAGCAGCUGUCCAACCUCAGAAUCAAAUGGGACUCGUACACGGUGAACCGGGUUCUCAAAACCCACCCGCCCAUGGAGAAAUCCUGGCUCUUUUUCAACUGGGCAGCCUCGGAGCUGCGAGGGUUCAAGCACGACCAGUUUACCUACACGACGAUGCUCGACAUUUUUGGGGAAGCUGGGAGGAUGGAAUCCGUCCGCUACGUGUUCGAUAAAAUGCGUGAACGAGAGAUUGAGAUUGAUGCGGCGACUUACACUUCGGUUAUGCAUUGGGUUUCCAAGUCCGGUGAUGUGGAUGGGGCGGUGAGGAUUUGGGAGGAGAUGAAUGAACAAGGGUGUCGGCCUACGGUGGUUUCGUAUACUGCGUUUAUGAAGAUUCUGUUUGAUAGUGGGAGGGUGAAGGAGGCGACAAAUGUGUAUAGAGAGAUGCUUGAGGUUGGAAUUACUCCCAAUUGUCAUACGUAUACUGUGCUAAUGGAGCAGCUAGUUGUUGCUGGCAAGUACCAAGAGGCUCUUAACAUUUUCAACACAAUGCAAGAAGCGGGAGUGCAGCCGGACAAAGCCGCAUGCACCAUUUUGAUCCAGAAAUGUUGUGCAAAGGGAGAGACCAAGACAAUGAUUCCUGUUCUCAAUUAUAUGAAAGAGAACCGAAUCGUGCUUCGGUACUCUGUGUUCCUGGAAGCAUCGAAGGCCCUACAUGUUGCUGGCGAGAGCGACGCCCUCCUUAGGCAAGUCAAUCCUCAUUGCUUUGACGAAUCGUCUGUUUCCACAACUUCUGCAAAUGACCUUAUAGAUAGUGCCCUCGUUCAGAUUCUCUUGAUGAAGAAAAGUCUCAUUGCAAUAGAUCGGUUACUUACAUAUAUGAUAGAUAAGAACGUUUUGUUGGAUGCUUGGACUGUCUCAUACAUGGUCGAGAAGAACUGCGAACUUGGCAGACUGGAUGGUGCUUUAGUAGGAUUUGAAUACAGCAGGAAAAUGGGAGUGGGACUUGAAAGAACAGCAUAUCUUGGCUUAACCGGAACGGUGAUGAGAUCGAAUAUGUUCGAUAAGGUUCUCGAGAUUGUCAGAGAAAUGAUCAACUCGGGACACUCUCUCGGAAUCUAUCUAAGUUCUGUUUUUAUAUACAGGCUUGGGAAAGCUAGAAGACCCACCUGUGCUGCGAAGUUGUUUCGUUUGUUGCCUAAUGACGAGAUUUGCACUGCUACUUACACUGCUCUCAUUAGUGUACACUUCUCUGCUGGUACUUCAGAGAAGGCGCUCGAGACUUUUGAGGCGAUGAGGAAGAGAGGCAUUCUGCCUUCAUUAGGAACCUAUAGAAUUCUGUUGGCGGGUCUUGAGAAGUUGGGUAGAGCAAGUGAAGUAGAAGUUUACAGGAGGGAAAAGAAUAGCCUAUUGAGUCAGGGUAAUAGUCGGGAUAAUGUUCCUCUUGAUCAAAAGAUUUGUGACAUUCUGUUUGCUGGGGAUUCGGUGACUUGAUUAUAUGUGCUGGAAGUAAGGUUGCUUCGACAUCAGAAUGCUUCUGCAGAGCUCAACGCUUAUAAGCGGGGAGAGUUGGAGAAUGAACUUGUUGCUCUUGAUUGUCUUGUUCCCAAUCCUCAACACGCAGGGAUUUGUUGCAGCUGAUAUAUAUUUAUCAGUAUCUGUCAAAGAGAGUCCAGAUGUGUUCAUUGCUAUCCAGGAAGCCGAAUUUGAAAUCUCUGACUGAGGGGAAGGUCAGCUGGAUUGACCUAAUUGGUGAAGUGUUGUCCUGAUCUAAUAUGAUCCAGCUGUUGGUUACCACAACAUUACCCUCCUGCUUUCGCAUUUCAUUCUCUCUAAUCCAGAUAUGAUCAGGAUUAUGCUCAUCUGCUUGCUCACUGCAACAUCAUUCCUUGUUGAUGAGGUAAUCGAUCUGUUCUGUUUAGAGCUUAGAGGAUGUAACGACCCCAGAAUAGUCUUUUCUCCCCGCAAGGGUCUUGUUUUUAUUUAUCUUCACACCAUGACACCAUUGCACCUAACAAAGUUCCAACUUUGUCAACUGCCUUAGAAUACUGAAGAAAAACGCUUACUUGCAGCACGAAGAGAAGUUCCUUUUGGUGGAUAUACAUAUCGAUAUGUUUCAAGUGAGAAAUGGAUCACAAUGGGUGCUACUGCUGGCUAGGCUACCUACCCAAUUAUGCAUUGCAUAAUUCAAUGAAAUUAAGGCCAAGCCAAGCCAGCACAUGGUGCUGCUAGGUCAUGUUCUGUUCUCCCAGAUGAAUUUUGCUGACUCAUUUCUCAGUGAAUGUUGUCCAAAUGUACAUUAUGAGGUUGUCUUUUAAGGUUAAUCAAAUGUGGGAUAAGAGAUAAUUGGAAUCUAAGUACAUUUACUAGUAUAUGAAUGUUGCGACAAAUCGUCUAAAUGUCUUUUUGGUCGUCUUGAUUGACUGUAUAAUGUCUCUACCAACAGUUAGUUACACGAAUGGUGAUGAUUUUGAAAUCGUAAUUCAAGAAUGAUGUAUAUAAAAAAAAAAACCGACGAACUCGAACAUCUCUAAUGUCCAUAUAUAUAUAUAUAUAAAUAAAGCAUCAUAUCCAUAUGUGCCCACGGCAAUUACAGUGCAAAUCCGGGCUCAGAAUAUGUGCGGCAGUGCUCGAUUCGGAGAUUAUAGAUGUAUAGAAUAAAAACCGAAAGCCCAUGUUGGAUUGAAUUAGAUAGAGAAGAUUAUGUCAGAUUUCUAAGGUUAUGUAGGUACAAGUUAGAAAUGGAAUAGGGUUCUGCCAUCCAUUUGACAUUUGGUGCACCCAUAGUGCAGAAUUUUUUCACAAUGCUUGCCAUGCUGCAUCACACACAAGUCACAACACGUAUAAGUCGGCAUAGGUCUAAUCAAGAUCUCAACAAGUUAUAUUCUUGUCUUGAUAAUUGUUGGUACGAAGAACAUUUAUUCGAUAGCCACGCUAUUGUUUCUAAUAACACUUUUAAGAGUUUGAGCGAAAGGGUUAUAUCCUCUUUAGUCCUUGUGAAUAACUCGAAAUAGAUGGUGGAUUGGAUCAGCAACGAUACUUAUUUAAAUAUAAACUUGAAGAAGAACCAGAAAAAGAUGCAAACAAGUCUAUCAACCAAGGGUUUUGGUGCCCAUUUAGGCGCUUGGUGUUGUAUUUUUUUGGCCGAGUUACCUUUUCCUCUGGAUUAAUCCUUCGACUUUGACACCAUAUGUCGAGGGCAAGACGAUUAACAUUUGUAUCAUAGUUGUCUGCUUCGGCCAAUAACCACACGAAUUCGUUAUUAAACAUCUUUCUAAAAAGUCUCGUACUAAAUGAAGCUACAUCAAUAUUAUAUACAAUACAACUUUUCCAGAGAUCACACUUACAUCUAACUGGAGAUGGAAAAAGACGUGAUUGGUUCUGGCGCACGUAUAAAAUGAUUCAAGAGUGAUUUGAAAGGAGCGAAUAACGCUUAUGUUAAAAU